UCAGAGUGUGUGUGCGUGUACGGGUGCGCAAGGAGGGCACUUGGGCGGAGAGGGACGCAAAGCAUCGCGCCUGAGAGCUUUGCAUUACAUGUUCGCACUCCGCACAACUCACUCCAGUGUACAGGCUUUGGCAAACGUUCCCCGCGUUGAGAAUGGCAGAGCAAUCGAACAGCGAUGGAGAGGAGAGGAGCGCACCCAUGAGGGGCUUUGCCCGACAAGGUGCCCUGAGACAGAAAAACGUUCACGAAGUUAAGAACCACAAGUUUAUCGCUCGCUUCUUCAAGCAGCCUACUUUCUGCAGCCACUGCACGGACUUUAUCUGGGGUUUUGGGAAACAAGGAUUUCAGUGUCAAGUCUGCUGCUUUGUGGUGCACAAGCGUUGCCAUGAAUUCGUCACCUUCUCCUGCCCAGGAGCAGAUAAGGGUCCUGCAUCAGAUGACCCGCGCAGUAAGCACAAGUUCAAGGUCCACACGUACUCCAGCCCCACCUUCUGUGACCACUGCGGCUCUCUGCUGUAUGGACUCAUUCACCAGGGCAUGAGAUGUGACCACUGCAUGAUGAACAUCCAUAAGCGCUGUGUGGCCAACGUGCCGAGUAUGUGUGGGACUGACCAUACUGAGAGGAGGGGCCGCAUCCAAAUCACCGCAGAGAUCAAGAACAAUGUGCUCACCGUCAGCAUUAAAGAGGCGAAGAACCUGGUGCCCAUGGACCCCAAUGGCCUCUCUGACCCCUACGUCAAACUAAAACUCAUCCCUGACCCCACGAGCAAGAGCAAACAAAAGACCAAGACCAUCAAGUGCUGCCUGAAUCCCACGUGGAACGAGACCUUCACAUUUAAUCUGAAGGAGUCUGACAAGGACCGCAGGCUGUCUGUGGAGAUCUGGGACUGGGACUUGACCAGCCGGAACGACUUUAUGGGCUCUCUGUCUUUCGGCAUCUCGGAGCUUCAGAAGCAAGGGGUGGACGGAUGGUUUAAGAUGCUCAGUCAGGAAGAGGGCGAGUACUUCAAUGUUCCUGUCCCACCCGAAGGUGAAGAAGGCAAUGAGGAACUCCGGCAGAAGUUUGAGAGAGCUAAAAUUGGUCCCAACAAAACAGACGGCUCUUCCUCCAACACCAUCUCCAAAUUUGACAGCAAUGGCAACCGGGACCGCAUGAAACUGUCCGACUUCAAUUUUCUCAUGGUGUUGGGCAAGGGUAGCUUUGGAAAGGUGAUGUUGUCCGAGAGAAAGGCAGGUGAUGAGCUGUUUGCAAUAAAGAUCCUGAAGAAGGACGUGGUGAUCCAGGAUGAUGACGUAGAAUGCACUAUGGUGGAGAAGAGAGUGUUGGCCUUGUCAGGAAAACCACCCUUCCUCACUCAACUGCACUCCUGCUUUCAGACAAUGGACCGCCUGUACUUUGUCAUGGAAUACAUCAGUGGUGGGGAUCUCAUGUAUCAUAUCCAGCAGGUCGGCAAGUUUAAGGAACCCCAUGCUGUGUUCUAUGCUGCAGAAAUCGCCAUAGGCCUGUUCUUUCUGCAUGUGAAGGGUAUUAUAUACAGAGAUCUAAAGUUGGAUAAUGUCAUGUUGGACAUGGAGGGUCAUAUCAAAAUAGCUGACUUUGGCAUGUGCAAGGAGAACAUGCUUGAUGGAAUCACCACCAAGACCUUCUGUGGGACCCCUGACUACAUCGCCCCUGAGAUCAUUGCUUACCAGCCUUAUGGGAAGUCAGUGGACUGGUGGGCUUUUGGAGUUCUGCUCUAUGAGAUGCUGGCUGGGCAGCCCCCAUUUGAUGGUGAGGAUGAGGAUGAGCUGUUUCAGUCCAUCAUGGAGCACCAUGUGUCCUAUCCUAAAUCCAUGUCCAAGGAAGCUGUGGCCAUCUGCAAAGGGCUGAUGACCAAACACCCAGGCAAGCGUCUGGGCUGCGGUCCUGAGGGUGAGCGGGACAUCAGGGAACACGGCUUUUUCCGUUACAUGGAUUGGGAGAAGCUGGAGAACAAGGAAGUUCAGCCACCAUUUAAACCAAAAGCUUGUGGCCGGGAUGCAGAGAACUUUGACCGCUUUUUCACACGCCAUCCACCGGUUCUCACCCCUCCAGACCAGGAGGUGAUCAUGAACCUCGACCAAGACGAGUUUGAGGCCUUUUCCUUCAUAAACCCCGAAUACCCUGCCAUGGAAGCCCAGAGUUAAGGGCGACCCUCUAAAACUAACCCAACCCUCCAUCAAACCCCCUCUUCAUCACACCUCCUUAUGUUUAUGUAUCAUACACUCCUUAAAACGGGCGUGUGUAUGUAUAUAAACAGCCAUGCACUGAAACUAAACCAUCUAUAUACAUAUGCAUGCGAAACUUCGAUAUUCGUAGAUUAGCCUGAAGGUCGCUGCGGCUUUCACGACAUCCCAUUGAGUGUAUCCAUGCUGGAGGAACGUUCGAAUCUAAAGGCUGUCUUUAUACUAUUUGUACUCUACAGCUUUCCUGAAUGUGGUGUGUAUUGCAUAGCUCUCUUUUUUACCUGUCCUCAGAUAUGUGUGUUUCUGGCACCUUCGGUGUUCAGAUUCAGCCAUUUGCACUAAAGGUGCAUGAAUCGCAUACGACAUGCAUAAUGGCUAGCCUCGCUCUCCUUAUCCAGCCUGUGACCGUGAUAUUCUGCUAAUUUUAUAGUCAAACCAUUUUGCCU